AUGUGCCACUACACCUGGAGCGGGUGCUACCGGUGCGGCACCCGCCUCCAGCCGCAGGCGAGAAAGCUCCAGAUAUGCGACGACAUCCGGCUCCGGCAGAGCAGCCUGCUCGUGCUCCUGUGCUGCGUCGUCCCGCCCACGCGCUGCCGCGGCGAGCCCCCCGACAGGUACGUCGACCCCAAGCCCGACCGCGUCUGCCGCCGCUGCGCCGCCGGCCCCGACAACGACGCCAUCCCACCGCCGCCCUACCCCGCCAUGACCUACGCCCCGGCCGACCGCCGGGUCCCCGGCCCGGACGCGGCCGGCUACCGCACGCACGAGCGCGUGCCGGAGCCCGACCGCAGGGAGAGGACCGAGGGCGACAAGGAGGAGAGGGAGCGUCGUCGGAAGCUGCAGAAGAGAAAGGACAAGCACCGGGCCAAGACCUUCGACAAGCUCAACGGCGGGCCCGAUAACGGCCCGCAAAGCCCCUGCCGGCCCGCACGAAAGAAGAGAGGCCGGCCCGCCGACAAGGGAAACGCGUCGUCGUCGACGACGCCGCCGCGGCGCUUCUCCGUGGGCGAGCACACCCAGGAGUACUAUGACACAAUGCACGAGGCGUACCGCGCCCGCGGCGCGCCCUCGCGCACCCCCAGCGGCGGCGGCGGCGGCGGCAGCAGCGGUCAGGACCCCGAGUCCUCCGCAACGGCGGCGGCAGCGGCGGCGGCCCGAAGCCGGAGCACGGAGGUGAAGGACUCGCCGCCGCCGCUCAACCUCGGGGCCACGCGGUACACGGCGGAGCGGCGCAACGCCCACCUAGACCACGCCCACGUGCUCGCCGCCGAGCACGUGUCGGCCGCCCGGGCCGGCAGGCCGCAGCGGCCCGCGAGGGCGGUGCUGCGACAGAUGACCACCACCGCCGCCGCCGCCGCCGCCGCCACCACCACCACUACCCCGGGCCGUUACGAAUUCCCGCCCCUCGCCACCGUGGUCUCCUCGAGGCCCGUGAGGAUCGUGUCUCCGCUGCACGUGGAGCGCUCCAUGCGCGCGCUGCUGGAGGGGGACCCGGCGACGCCCAAAGAGGAGCGCGUCGACGAGGGGCCGAGGGGGACGACCACCACCGUCGCCGGCCCCAGCAGGAUCCCAUGCCCCCCGACGCCCGUCGCCGCCCCACGUCGUGAGGCCGGGAUGAGGCGGCGCUUCGGCAGCUUCGGCGGCUCGCGGGUUCCUCGUUGCGCCGCGUGGCUCGCCGACGACGAAUGCCUCGUCAUGUGCAGCCCAGGAAAUUGUCGCCACAGCGAAGCGAGACGACGGGACUGGCUUGGGCGAAACAUCGCUCGCUCCGCGCCUAGUGAGGCCUCGUCUGAUAUCUCUUUUGUGUGCAAGACUUCGGCCAAAAUAGAGUGCAAGAGGGAGUGCUAA